ACUUCGAGGCGGAGCUGAGCCCCGAGUUGGCCAUGCGCAGCAGCGCCUUCCCGGAUUACCACGCCAUCGUGCCGGACACCAACGUCUUUCUCCACCAGAUGGACGCUCUCGAGCACUCGGCCCUGCAUGACAUUGUCAUCUUGCAGACGGUCCUCAGCGAGCUGAAGCACCGGUCGCCGGUGAUUUACUCUCGGGCCCGGUCUCUGGUGUCGGACGCCUCCCGGCGCUGCAUUGUCUUUAACAAUGAGAACCACCGGGAGACCUAUGUCCUGCAGAACCCCGAGGAGACGCCCAAUGACCGGAAUGACCGCGCCAUUCGCACGGCCACCCGCUGGCUGGACACCCACUGGGCCCCUUUGGGCAUGCAUGCGGUCAUGCUGACGCAGGACCGGCAGAACUUGCAGAUGGCGCUAAAUGAGGAGACCGCCCCCUGCCAUGCGCGGCACUUCGUGGAUUAUGCCCAGGCUCUGGCCGAGGAGUUCCCCGACCUGGCGGACCGGCUGGCGUCGCUGCCGGCUGGCUCCGGUGCCGGGGUCUCUGUCGAUCCCCUUCUGACGGCCGACCUGACGCCCGAAGAGCGCUUCGACUUCCCGGCAUACCUGGACGAGGAAACCGUCACGCUGGGCGUCAAGUCCGGGCGCUUCCUGCGGGGCAAUGUCCGCAUUUCGGAUUUGAAUGUCGAAGAGGCGCUGGUUUGGACGCGCGCACACGACCUGCCGGUGGUGGUCCCCGGCCUGCGGGCUCUCAACCGGGCCAUCGAGGGGGACACCGUGGCGCUGGAGCUCCUGCCGGAAUCCGAGUGGGUGCUCCCCACCUCGGAGGCCAAGCUGGAUAGCGCCGAGGCCACGGACGGCCAGACCAGCCGCGUCAGCGCGGCCUCCUACCUGCUGGAGACCGAUGCGGACUUGACGGCCGCGCCGCUGGCCACGGCCGAAACCCGGCCGCAUCCAACUGGCCGGGUGGUGGCCAUCAUCCAGCGCAAUCGCCGCCCCUAUUGCGGUGGCAUCCCCGAGGGGCAGCUCAUGCUGCCGGCUCUGGAUGAGCAUGGCACGCGGGUGGUUCUUUUCCAGCCGCUGGAUCGGCGCAUCCCGCGGAUUCGCAUCCGCACGCGCCUGCCCCCGGCGGACUUGCUGGCCAAGCGCAUCGUCGUGGCCAUUGAUGACUGGGAUGCCGGGGCGCGGCACCCGCGUGGGCAUUACAUCCGGACCAUCGGCGCGGCCGGCACCAAGGACACCGAAUCCGAGGUCAUUCUCCUGGAGAAUGGGGUCCCUUUUGGGGAGUUCUCGGCCGCGGCGCAUGCCUGCCUGCCGGAUGGCAACUGGUCGGCCGAUGCGGCCAUCGCCGCGCAGGGCGGCCUCGGUCGCCGUGUCGACCUGCGUGAUGUGCUCGUUUGCUCGGUCGAUCCGCCCGGAACCACGGACAUCGAUGAUGCCUUGCACGCGCGGGUCCUCCCCUCCGGCAAUGUCGAGGUCGGUGUGCAUAUUGCCGAUGUCACGCACUUCGUCAAGCCGAACACCCCGCUGGACGCGGAGGCAGCCGCCCGGUCGACCAGUGUCUAUCUGGUGGACCGCCGCAUCAGCAUGCUGCCCAAUCUCCUGGGCACGAACCUGUGCUCGCUUCUGCCCGACGUCGACCGGUUCACCUUCUCCUGCCUGUGGGAGCUGGACCCGGUGACUCUGCGUGUGGUGUCCACGCGCUUCGUCAAGUCGGUGGUCCGGUCUCGCCGGGCCUUCAGCUACGAAGAGGCGCAGUUGCGCCUGGACGACCCGGCGGCCUAUGGCUGGCAUGAGGACGACCCGGUUACCGGGGCCAAUGGCCGGGGCGAUCCGCUAGUCGGCUCGCUGGUGUGGCUGAAUCGCAUUGCCCAGCGUUUGCGCGAGCAGCGCCGCCAGGCUGGUGCUUUGAUGCUUUCCAGCCCGGAAGUGCGCUUCGAGCUGGGCGACGACAAGAAUCCCCUCUAUGCCAAGGUCAAGAACACCAUCCCGGCCAAUUCCCUGGUCGAGGAGUUCAUGCUCUUCGCCAAUGUGUCAGUGGCCCGGUUCAUUGUGGACGCCUUCCCCCAGACGUCGGUCCUGCGCCGGCAUCCGGCGCCGACGGCCCUGCGCUUUGAUGAGCUCCAGCAGUUCCUCCGGGCCCGGGGGCACAGCUUGGACGUGUCGUCCAACCGAGCGCUGGCUGACUCGCUGGAUCGCUGCAGCGACCCGGAGGAUCCCUUCUUCAACAGCCUCUGCCGGAUGCUGGUCACCCGGUGCCUGAUGCAGGCGGUGUACUUUGCCUCGGGCACGCAGCCGCGGGCCGAGUUCGCGCACUAUGGCUUGGCGCGUGAUAUCUACACCCACUUCACAAGUCCCAUUCGCCGGUACUCGGAUAUCCUGGUGCACCGGCUCCUGGCCGCGGCCAUCGACUUCGAGCCGACCUCCCAGCUGCUCAUCCACCGAGACAACAUCACCCGGCUGUGCAAUGUCAUCAACAUUCGCCACCGCAGUGCCAAGAAGGCCUCGAUGUCCAGUACGGAACUCUUCACCGGGCUGCUGUUCAGCCGCUUCGACCUGGCCCAGGAAGAGACCGCGUAUGUGGUUCGAGUCAUGAGCAAUGGCCUGGUGGUCCAUGUGCCAGCUUUCGGCCUUGAGGGGUUCAUCCCCAUCACCAGCGCCAACUUCCGCUACAAUCGCAAGCUCUCCCAGAUCGAGCACUUGGAUGGCCGCAAGUUCCUGGGUGUUUUCGACCGCGCGCGUGUUAGCCUCAUGGCCCAUCGGCCAGACAGCCGCGUGGAUGUGGCCAACAGCCUGCUGAAGAUCUCCCUGCUGGCUCCCUCGUUGGAUGGGACGCCCUGUGAUCCGGUCCCGGCUCCGACGCUCGAGUCGCUGGCUGUGCCGCGCAUUCCCCAGCGCGCGGCCGAGCUGGCCGCCAGUCGGGCCAAGCGCACCCAGCCGGAGGAUGCCCCGGGCCAGGCUGCCCGGGAAGAGACGUCCAGCGGCCAAAUCAAGAAGGCCCGGCAGUCUGUCUGAUGGGGCACGGAAGAGGCCAACGGAGGGGCGUGAGUGCGGGCUCACAUCAAGGCCCGUCCCAAGGGAGGGGCAUGCCCGGUGAUGCUUGGGCAUCCGACUUUUCCUCCUCCUUUCCUCGUUCUGGUCCCCCCUCCACCACCACCUCGGCCUCCUUCGGGUGGGCGCGCGCGCGCGCGCGCGGCGCAACACCCGCACGCAUGGAUGGGUCUUGCGUCGGGUGCGCAUGGCAAAUGCAUGCACGGGGAGGAUGCGAGCACCGUGGCAAACACCGAGAGCACCCACGCAUCUGUGUAAAUGCCCGCGUGCGCGCGCGCGCGUGUGUGUG